UAACAGUUUAACAGCAUGGACUUCAGGGCAGGACUGCUGCUUUUAACGUUGUUUGUGGCAGGUGUUGAUAGUCAGACUAUAACUCAGUCUGAACCGGUGGCUAUAAGACCUGGAGAAUCCCACAGGCUGACCUGUACAGGCUCCAACAUUGACUUCAGCAGCUACUAUAUGGCCUGGGUCAGACAGGCUCCUGAGAAAGGACUGGAGUGGGUUGCCAGCAUCAGAUAUGACAGUGCUUACAUCUAUUAUUCUCAGUCAGUUCAGGGCAGGUUCACCAUCUCCAGAGACAACAGCAAAGAGCAGCUGUAUCUGCAGAUGAACAGCCUGAAGACUGAAGACUCUGCUGUUUAUUACUGUGCUCGAGAAAAUUACGGCUACUUUGACUACUGGGGAAAAGGAACAACUGUGACUGUCACAACAGCCACUUCAACUGCACCCACUGUGUUUCCUCUGGUACCAUGUGGCACUGAGAGCGGAGAUAUGAUCACUCUUGGCUGCCUUGCCACCGGUUUUAACCCUCCUGCAGUGACUUUCUCGUGGAACAAAGGCAGCACUGCCUUGACAGACUUCAUCCAGUACCCUGCAGUACAAAAAGGCGAUGUUUAUACUGGAGUCAGUCAAGUCCGAGUGAGGAAACAGGACUGGGAUACACAACAGAAUUUCCAAUGUGUUGUGAAUCACGCUGCUGGGAAUGCACAGACUCCUGUCAGACCAACACCGGUGUUUAAGCAGAAUCCAACUCUUAAAGUGUUUUCCUCCUCUUCUGAUGAGGACGGUACCUAUACUGCCUCCUGCUUUGCCAAAGAGUUUGCACCAAAGAAACAUGGCAUAAAAUGGCUGAAAAACGGAGCAGACGUCACCAGCAAAAUAGAUCUGACCGAAACAGUUUGUGACUCAAAAAAUGCAGCUGGAAAAAUACUGUACUCUGCAACAAGUUUUCUCACAGUAAAUUCCAGUGACCUGAAUGAUAAGACUACAUUUACAUGUCAGUUUACUGGAGGAGAAGAUGGAUCUUUGAAUAAAACUGUGCCUUACAAAGUAAUCCCAACAUGUCCUGAUUGUGUUACAUCUAAUGUGAAAGUAGAAAUCACUGGCCCCGCAACUGAGGACAUGCUUUUAGAUAAAAAAGGAACUCUAACAUGUCGAGUCACAGUACAAAAAGAUAAACCUCAAAUAAUGUGGGAGGAUGAGAAUAAAGAGGAGAUAGCAAGUAAACCAAUGAUUGAAGAAAAUGGGAUGACAUACUUGUCUAAACUUGACAUCACCUAUGACGAAUGGACCAGGGGGGUAAAGCGCUAUUGUGUUGUUCACCACUCAGAUUUACUCACACCUUCAAGGGAACCUUAUGAAAGGGAAUUCGAUCUUCUCAUCGGUGACUAUCUGGAGUUUCAUCACCCUGGACUAUCUGGAGACGAUAACAUAGCAAGCGUAGCCAUCGUCUUCAUCCUUCUCUUCCUCAUCACUCUGCUGUUAAUCUUUGGAACAACUGUUAUCAAGGUCAAAUAAAACAAAUGGACUGUGAAAGGACCUUUGAGUGUGGUGAAAAAAAUAUUUCUCAAA